AUGGCUGCCGCGGCCGAAAGGCUAGCUCAUGAUUCUUUAAGUGAAAAAUCUAAAUGUAUCUUACUAGAAAGCCAAGUACAGGACCCCCUGUUUCACCUGGAGUCACACAGAUCUGAGAGAGGAAGGGGCAGAUGUCCUUUUGACCCCAACUCCUCCUUUGUGUCCAUGCUAGUUGGUAAUGAACUGUUUGCUGGCCUCUACAGUGACUACUGGGGCAGAGACUCUGCCAUCUUCCGCAGCAUGGGGAAGCUCGGCCACAUUCGCACUGAGCAUGACGAUGAGAGGCUUCUGAAAGAACCAAAAUUUGUAGGUUCAUAUAUGAUUCCUGAUAACGAAGACCGAGAUGACAACAAAAUGUACUUCUUCUUUACUGAGAAGGCGUUGGAAGUGGAGAAUAACGCCCACACAAUCUACACCCGAGUGGGGCGGCUGUGCGUGAAUGACAUGGGAGGACAGAGAAUCCUGGUGAAUAAGUGGAGCACAUUCCUUAAAGCACGGCUGGUUUGCUCGGUACCAGGAAUGAAUGGAAUUGACACAUACUUUGAUGAACUAGAGGAUGUUUUUUUACUGCCUACGAGAGAUCCUAAGAAUCCAGUGAUAUUUGGACUGUUUAAUACUACCAGCAAUAUAUUUAGAGGCCAUGCUAUAUGUGUGUACCAUAUGUCAAGUAUCCGGGAAGCCUUUAAUGGCCCAUAUGCACAUAAAGAAGGCCCUGAAUACCACUGGUCACUGUAUGAAGGAAAAGUCCCCUAUCCAAGGCCUGGUUCUUGUGCUAGCAAAGUGAACGGAGGCAAGUAUGGAACCACCAAAGACUACCCUGAUGAUGCCAUCCGAUUUGCAAGAAUGCACCCACUAAUGUAUCAGCCCAUAAAACCUGUUCAUAAAAAACCAAUACUGGUAAAAACGGAUGGAAAAUACAACCUGAGGCAACUAGCAGUGGAUCGAGUGGAAGCAGAGGACGGCCAAUAUGAUGUUUUAUUUAUUGGGACAGAUACAGGAAUUGUGCUGAAAGUAAUCACAAUUUACAACCAAGAAACAGAGGGGAUGGAGGAAGUCAUUCUAGAGGAACUUCAAAUAUUCAAGGAUCCAGCCCCUAUCAUUUCUAUGGAAAUUUCUUCAAAGAGACAACAGCUCUAUAUUGGAUCAGCCUCUGCUGUGGCACAAGUCAGAUUCCAUCACUGUGACAUGUAUGGCAGCGCUUGCGCUGACUGCUGCCUGGCUCGAGACCCUUACUGUGCCUGGGAUGGCAUAUCCUGCUCCAGGUACUACCCAACAGGUGCACACUCAAAGAGGAGGUUCCGCAGGCAGGAUGUUCGGCACGGCAAUGCGGCCCAGCAGUGCUUUGGACAGCAAUUUGUUGGUAAUUCUCUGAGGCGCCAGCCCAGGAUCACUGCCCUGGCUCCACGAGACGUUAGCAUGGCUGCUGUCUCUUCCAGUCAGCUCUGUGGAGUCUAUGGCUCUAAGCAUGGCUCUUGGGCCAACUCUACCAUCUUCAUAAUGCUCGGCUCAACCCCCAACAGUAUCCUUCGUGCUCGCGGAAAUACAGUUUAUAAGUUAGCAUUAGGUCUUGGAAUAACAAACACAGUAACUCAAAAAGAUACAUAUCGAAAAGUCACUGACCUCCAGAAACCAUCAGUUCCACUCCCUGCUGUGAAGACGGAUGACAGAGUUGUCAAGAUGGACUUGGGCUUGCUCUUCCUCAGAGUACGCAAGUCAGAUGCAGGGACCUAUUUUUGCCAGACAGUAGAGCAUAGCUUUGUCCAUACUGUGCGUAAAAUCACCUUGGAGGUGGUCGAAGAGCACAAAGUGGAGGGGAUGUUUCAUAAAGACCAUGAAGAAGAAAGACAUCACAAGAUGCCCUGCCCUCCCUUAAGCGGUAUGUCUCAGGGGACAAAACCUUGGUACAAGGAAUUCUUGCAGCUGAUUGGUUACAGCAACUUCCAGCGAGUGGAAGAAUACUGCGAAAAGGUGUGGUGUACAGAUAAGAAGAGGAAAAAGCUUAAAAUGUCUCCCUCGAAGUGGAAGUAUGCCAACCCCCAAGAAAAGAGGCUUCGCUCCAAAGCUGAGCACUUCCGCCUGCCCAGGCACACGCUGCUGUCCUGAGGGCGCCCUCUGCCGGCUGCUGAGGAACCUAGAAUGGAAAUGUUUUUUUAAGGGGGGGAAAACAGAAAGACUGAAAGCAUGCCAAGUCUUUCCAUUACUUCAAAAAGCUUUCUGUAGUACUGGGAGGCGGGGAAGGUGUUUUAAGUUAUUCUGCAUACUCAUCUGACUGAACAAACCUCUCACAGUACUAGUACUUAAAACGACUGUAUUGCUUAAAAGGCUUCACGUUGUAUUUAUCAACAUAUGGUUGGGGCUGUAAUUUUUGACCUUGCUUUUCAGGGAAAUUAUUUUACCAUUGGGAUAUGUAUUAUAACUAUAAUAUUAAAGAAAAGGUUAUAAGUUGUCAUAAUCGAGAAAAAUGUAAAACUAAAUCAGCUCUAAUCUUUCUGGAGGUUUUUGGGUUUGAUUUAUUUUUGUUUGUUUGUUUUGGUUUUGGUUUUCUUUGCAGCCAUGAGGUAAAAAUGUACAGAAUAUCAGAUACUGUAGGAUUCUCAUGUGAACUUUCUGGUCAGUUGUUGAUUUUUUUUUUUUUUUAAGCCAUAAGUUUUAAGCAGCUGUGUUGUGGUUGCUAUAAACUGUACAAGAAACCUGCGACCCAUCGUUCGGAGACUUGUUCUCUUCAUGGGACGCUCACUGAAUUAUGCUAAAAAUAUUUCUGUUUUAUAAACAAGACAUAUCCUUUAAAUUUCACUUCAGUGUGGAAGGAAGGAAGAUAACCUCUCAGAAAGAUAUUUUUAAAUAUUUUCAAACCAUGAAAGUAGAAUUCUGUUAACAGGUCUGUGCUUCCCUCUUGUGGUAGAAGAAGGUAUCGUCUCUCUCAGUGCCGUUUCCACAAUCACCCUGCAAAGAUUUGAAAACAAAAUAUAAGAAAGUAGGCUUUCUGUCCUUUCCUUUGACAAGAAGACAUUCUGGAAGUAUGUUUUACCUGUAAAGAAAUUAUCAAAUCAUUCUCUCUCAGAAACAAAAUCUUUCUAUUUUAUAUUUGCUUCUUGGAUUCAUUUUACUACUGACAUCUUCAGAGAAUUAUUAUCUUUGUCUUAUAAAUAUUACCAAAAUUUAUAUUUUUCAGACUGUCUAUUUCUUGAGUUCU